AUGGGGCCCUAUAUAGUCGCCAACAUCUUCAUUCUCCUGAGCCCUACCCUCUUCGCUGCUUCUAUCUAUAUGACCCUGGGUCGUAUAAUCCGUUAUGUUGGAGCAGAACACCUUUCCGUGAUCAGAGUCUCGCGUUUGACGAAAACUUUCGUCUGGGGAGAUGUUCUGUCAUUCGUCGUCCAAGGAAAUUCCUCCGCGCUUUCGGUCAUGGGAUAUGAGACUUGGGCCAAAGUUGCAGUUGUUGGAGGGCUCGCGAUCCAGCUUAUAUCUUUCUCUAUCUUUUGGCUCACGGCCAUCAUAUUUGAGAAGAGAAUUCGCCGCUCUCCGACCCCCGAAUGUCUCAUACCUGGCAUUCCAUGGCAGAAGUCAUUGUAUAUGCUAUAUACAGUCAGUGCCUUGAUCAUGAUUCGCUCCAUCUUCCGCAUCAUUGAGUAUAUCCUCGGGAAUAGUGGCUAUCCCUUGGCGCAUGAGUGGACACUAUACGUCUUUGAUUCUGUUCCGAUGGCCAUCGUCAUGGUCGUUUUCUUCCUUUGGUAUCCCAGCGAAUUGCAGAAAAACAAAGAUAUCGAAGGGAGUAUUCCGCUUGCUCAAAGCUAUUCGAACUUGCAUGGGUAA